AUGUCCCCCAAUAAUCCUGAUCACAUACAAAUGCCAUUGAGAAUUUUCGACUUGCCAGUGGAGAUGAUAAAUAAAAUUUUUGAAGAAUUGGAUACAUUUAGCAGAUUCAACCUCCAAAAAGUGUCCAAAACCUUCCGUAUCAUUAUCGAUCGCCUAAAACCUUCUUUCAAGACGCUCGACUUCUAUAUCAACACUGAUGACUCGAUCAAUCUAAUAUUUGACAAAUUUCCAGUGGUUACUUACAGAAGAGAAGGAAAUUCAUGUUCAGUGGUGUAUGAAAAUCACAAAAAAUCGAUAAUUGGAGGAGAUUACAUCGAAAUUGCACUUGGCGACUUGGGGAGAGCGCUGAAAAAUCCGAAAUUGCAGCUGGAACGACUUGGAUUAUUUUCUGAUACUGAAUAUUCUAACUUUCUCAAAAAUUGCUUGAAUUCUCAACUUCACAUCAAAAAAGUCGUCUUAAAAACCCAUAAAAUCGAUGAAAUCCCACGAAUUCUUACUAUUUUUCAACAUGGAACACUGGAAUACAUCGAAUUUCGAACGGAGCCAAAAACCCGAAAGAAUCUACUGAAAAUUGUGGAUUUGGAGCAGAUGAAACGAGCGAGAAAUUUGAAAUUUCUAGAAUUGGGAGUCAAGAUUCGGGUGUCGAAUGGAAAUCGAUUCAAAAUUUAUAAAAAGGAGUUUGACGUUGAAGAUAUUGUUCGGUUGAGAGAUUUUCUUCUGACCACCGCCCACUUCAAAUCAUGCCGCCUCACUGCUCGACAAUUCAACUUCACUUUUCCUCAAAUCGAGAGAAUUUUGAGAAGCGAUAAAUGUUUAAUUUUCACAAUUAACCGCACCCAAUUAAUUAUUGAAAAAGUUUAA